AUGAGACUUGGUGAGCCAGACUCAGGCCAGUCUUUGACAACUACCAAUGCUCAAGUCUUCUACGAAUCCUUCGCGGACAAACUGGAGGAAGCGCUUGGCCAUUCGCAACCGCAUCUUGAAAUCCGCUUCUCGGAUCUCUCGGUAUCCUGCAAGGCGUCCACGGUCAAGUCGCAGCGAGACGAUGAAGAAGAAGCCUCUCCGGAACUGCCGACGCUUUGGAAUACGCUCAAGCGUGCAGCGGAGACCCUGCUGUCCUCAAGGAAGUCGGAGCAGCGUGUGAUUCUCAAUGGAGUGAGCGGUGUGCUACGUCCUGGGACCAUGACGUUGGUCCUUGGGCAACCGGGAUCGGGAAAGUCGACGCUGCUCAAGGCGCUGAGUGGGCGUCUCGGACACCAUGUUCGGCUGGCUGGUGAUAUCACGUACAACGGCGUGCCUCAACACUCCAUCGCCAACAAGCUGCCACAACUGGCGGCGUACGUGCCUCACACUGAUCUCCAUUUCCCACUACUGUCGGUCAAGGAGACGUUGUCAUUCGCGCACGUCUUCAACACCGGUGGAGGUAGUCACGCUACGGUGUUGCUGGGGCGAGACGCGGAUCACGCGAGUCAACAAGCCCUCAAAUCUGCCAUCGACAUGUUUCAGAACUACCCCGAGGUGAUCAAGGAGCAGCUUGACCUGCAGAACUGCUGGGUACCAUUGUUGGCGACAACUUGCACUGGGCUUGACAGCGCGGCCACCUUUGACAUCAUUCACACCCAACGCACCAUCGCUCGGACCCUUGGCAAGGCAAUAGUGAUUUCGCACUUGCAGCCGUCCCCUGACGUGUCCGCGCUCUUUGAUGACAUUAUUCUCCUGAACGAGGGCGAAGUGAUGUAUUAUGGGCCUCAAGAGAUGGUUGUCGAGUACUUUCGUGAGCUGGGACUCAGCUGUCCUCCGAACCGAGACGUCGCGGAUUUCUUGCUGGACCUCGGAACUUCUCAGCAGUACGCGUACGAAUCCACGUCGACUGCUGGUCCUUUUGGAGGAGCAAAGGCUCCCCGCCUAGCGAGCGAGUACGCGGACAAGUUCCGUUCUUCCAGCAUUCACCAGGGCAAUCUCAGUCUUUUGGCGACUUUAUUCAACCAUGAAAUUCGAGGCAAGUGGAGUGAGUAUGCCGAAGCAAUGCCACAGUUCCAGCGAUCUGUGUGGGCGAACAUCCGUACACUCGUGGCUAGGCAGCUGAUGCUCAUCAUGCGGGACGUCAACACGGUCCGCAGUCGGAUGGUCUUGGUCCUAUUGACGGCACUGGUGGCAGGCACGGUGUUCAUGGACGCGAUUCCCACGAAUGCGCCGUUGCGCUCGAUGUUCAUCGAGAUGCGAGAUCUUUUCUACAAGCAGCGAUCGGCGAGCUUUUUCCAGACGUCUGCCCAAGUCCUGAUAGCGCUACCAGAGAGUUUCGUUUUCGGAGCCUUCCUGUACUGGAUUGGUGGUCUUGAGGCUAACGCCGGGAGCUUCAUCGUGUACGAGCUCGUCGUCUUCCUUAUCGUCAUGGCCGCCGUUCUGAUCUUCUUCUUCGUCGCAGCGAUAUCUCCAAACAUCUACGUCACGAACCCGCUCGCUCUAGGAAUUCUUCAAGUCAUCCUGUAUCGGUCUGCAACAUUUGAUGUGUGCAUGUACGAGGACGUGGACUACUGCGAUCAGUUUGGUAAGACUAUGGGCGAGUACUACUUGGGUGUGUACAUCAUUCCGCCGGGGAAGGAGUGGGUUGUCUUCGGCAUCGUUUACCUCAUCGGGCUGAUCCUCGCAUUCACCAUUCUCAGCUAUCUCGCACUCGAAUACAAGCGCUACUAG